CUGGGGCGAGAGCGACCAGACGGCGGAGGAUCAGCAAUCGGAGAUCCCCGCCGCUCCCUGCGGGGUGGGACGCCUGGGGUCUCUGCUUGGCUUUGCAUUGCCCCUCACGGGCUGGGCAAGCCACUCUCAGCGCUCCGUGCCUGCUUCCCCAGAGGAGCAAGGGAAAAAAUGAUUGAAGCAGAUUGGGAACGCUCUGAAAACUAGCUGAAGCAUUCCACAUUUUAUUGCUGCUUUCUAUUAGUGAGGCAAAUAACUUACCGAAAGCAUUGCUGUAACAGAGCCAAAAUGGAUGACAAGAAAGACACUAAUGACUUAAAAGAGGCUGGUGACUCAACAGAAAGUGCAGAAUAUGAGGAUGAUUUUGAAAAGGAUCUUGAGUGGCUAAUUAAUGAAGAAAAAGAAGACAAUUUUGGGGAAACAGAGAAUGAAGACGAUAUUGAAACAAAAACUGAUAGCAACUUGGAAGACAAUGAGGAAAAAAAAGAAUGUGUAGAUGCUGAUCUAGAGGAGAGUCUAUCAAAUGGAGAAAAACUUGUAUCCAUACCCAACUUAAAACCAUUGGAUCAUACAUCUGAUACGGACAGUGAAAGCUCUGUCCAGGAAUCCAAGCUGGAAAACCGUCAGGACCUGGAUGACGAAGAUGAUGAAGAAAUAAAGCGCUAUAUUUUGGAAAAGAUUGAAGAAGCUAACAAGCUGCUGCAGAACCAGGAGCCUCUUAAUGAGAACAGAGAAAGGAAACUAAAAUUCAAAGAUAAAUUGGUAGAUUUGGAAGUUCCUCCACUAGAAGAUACAGAAACUUAUAAAAAUGAUCCUGAAAGUGAAGAGGAUGUUUCAAGUAGGCUGUCUCAACUGCAUAUUUCUAAUGAGCCAGGCCUGCAAAGUAUGACUUUUUCACUUAAUGGUGGCAAAGAUGAGGAACAAAAGGAUGGCAAGAUCCUAGUAGAGAAAGAUGGGAAAUUUGAACUCUUGAGUUUACGUGAUAUUGAAAGCCAUGGCUUUUUUCCUCCAAUAAGUGUUUCUUUCACUGACAUUGAAACUCAGUCUAUUUCUCCUAAAUUUUCCCAUUCCAUAAUUUUUGGCACUCCCAGUCUAACAAAGGAAGAGCCUCUAGUGCAGCCAGGGGUAAAUUCUUGCUUUCCCAUUGGAGAAGAGUUUAUCUGUUUCCCUAAGCCUCCCUCUAACCCUAAGUAUCGCCCAACCUCAGCCAUCAACACUGCAAGAAGUAUGGGAAUGGGAAGAACUCCCCGCCGAGUGCAGUCUGCAAUUGCGCCUUGGAGAAACUCCACCUACAGUCUUUCACCCAGACAAAAAGAGUUGCAAAAACAGAUGCAAAAAAGGAAAGAGAAACUAAGGAAAGAGGAAGAAGCACAGAAAAGACAACAGGAAGAGGAAAAGAAGAGAGAGAAUGACAUGGUCUUUAGAGCUUGGUUGCAGAAGAAGAAAGAACAAGUACAAGAAGAGAAGCGAAUUCAGCGUGCAAAGGAACUAGAAGGCUCAAAUAGUAGACAGGAGAACAGAGAUCCAGAGGAAGCUUUCAGGUUAUGGCUUAAAAAAAAGCACCAAGAACAAAUGAAAGAAAAACAAAUGGAAAUCCUUAGACGCCAGGAAGAGUGCCUGUACUUUCUUCCAAGAACAGAGGAACGUGACAGAGCCUUUAAACAAUGGCUAAAAAGAAAGAGAGAGGAAAAGCGAGCAGAGGAACUGGCUGCCAAAGAGAGAUCAAGGCAACUUAGGCUAGAAGCCAGAAGAGCAAAACAAAUCCAGAAUAUCCUCUGCACCAUUUCUGAACCUAAAUCCUUCCGCUUCACCGACCAUUACAGCUGAAGGUUUGAUGCAUCUCAAAUAAUAGUGUCAGCUGCCAUACUUUAUAUGGCUUGAGCUGCAGCUCUUUACAGUUGCUGCCUUUUUGUGGUAUUUUAAAAUCUUUAAAUAAUGGUUUAAAUUUUUCUCAUAACUGACAGUAUGUUUAAUAUUUACCUUUUAUUUAUGUAUUUAUUUAUUUAUAAUUUGAAAUGACAAAACCUGAUUCUGUUGUGUGUAUGACUUAGUGCUGCUCAGUCCCACUGAGCCAAAGUGAAAAUAAAUGUCCAUAUAACUGGCAAGUUUAAAUCCCUUUUUUGAGGGGGGGAAAGAAAACCCUAAUGUUGACCAAAGUCUAAAGUAGAUUUUCCAGAGUGCACAUUUACUUUUCCUCAUUUCCUUUAACUGUUUGCAGAUGCUUUGAUUUAGUUGUGUUUAGCAUAUGCAUUCAGGGGCCUGUGUAAUGUAUAUUUAUCUUUGAAGAUGCUGUAGUGGACAAAGUGACAUCUCACAGAAGGCUCACUAUUUCAUUCUUUCAUUUCUGGGCUGACUACUUUCUGAGCUGAGUAUAGGGUUGCCAGAUGGUUUAACCGAAAAUACCGAACCUCUCCUCCCCUCCAAAAUAAAACCCAGGGAAAACAUUU